AUGGAAGCUACGGCGUCUACUACGACCAAAGGCCGAUGUACUUGUGUAUCGGAACUUUUGCGACGUGUGGAACACUUGAGAAAAGAAAGCACAACAAAUGCUGAUGAUUUUACAAUGAUUCACAACAUGGAGAUCAGAUGGGCAAAACUAUUCAUGGAGUUCAUUCUUGGUUCUGCUUAUUGCCAAGCAUCAACUUGUACCGCUCUUGGAGAUGAUAUGAUAUGGUAUGUUCCCAUGCAGAAGAUCAACACGUCAUUCCAUUUGGGUUCUGCUCCACAAUUGCAAGUCUUUCGACGACAAAGCAAAAAGCAGCCAGCUCCUUGUGAUUCGAAUGUAAAUUGGGAAGAAACAGUUUGCCUAAAUCUCAUUCUUCAACAGCUGGAUUUUUUUGUUACUUGUGCCGUCUGCACAAAAACCGCACCACAAAAUUUACAAAUUAUUCGGAAAAAUUGUCAAAAGGUUUAUCCAUCACCUUCACGAAGACGAAUGGACAGUAAAGGAGAAGCAGAAGAGAUCACGUAUCCAAAGAUAUAUUUUGCUAUUGAUGGAUUUGAGGAGGUAUUCAACGAUAUUAUUGUAAGAGAUGGAGAGUGUGUUUGUGUGGAAUUAGUGGUACGAGAUCGACAACGUACCCGAGAAUCCGUCACUUUUCUCGGUUCAAUCAGAUAUGAAGUUUUAAAACAGGUCUAUGACGCAAAAGCUUCGUCUACUUGGGGAUGGGCUCAACGACUUGUCAAAGACGAUAAAAGAAGACGCGAAUUUGUGCGAAUGAGAGGUCCACGGGGAAAAGGAUACGCUGAAAUGGCAGUAGCUCGAGUACCCGGUUGUGGAUUAGAGACACCACAAACAGAACGCUCUCAAAUUGAUUUUCCCGAUCUUUCACAAUUUGAGUCAGCAUUGGGAAAACGACGCUUAAGUGAACAAAACAUAGCUGGAGUUGGAAAUGGACCAAUGGGCGGACGAGCGGCAAUGACUCCGAGUGGAGUGGGGACACUUCCAAGAGGUCGGCGAUGGCAAAGUGAAGCUGAUACAGCUGGACAAUAUCCAGAAGUAGAAGCAUCUUCAAUUGAUGAUGAAUUAGAAGAAGGUGUUUUGAGUCGAUUAUGGUCUGUGCGAGGCUUCGGUCAGGCAUGGCAUUGGUUGCGCGAAAAGAAAAGAGCCGAAUGUACUCCAUUGAAUGCAUAUCUCACAUAUAUUACUCUACCUUGGGCUUCCACAAAAGUCUUCAAAUUGAGUACUUUUAUGAGAGGAUUUCUUUUCUUUUCGCUUUUUGUUUUUGUCGGUGGAAUUGUGAGCAAUGGAGGGUGGAUAACCGAAGAUAAAGAUAUUAUUGGGCAAGAUGGUCCCUGCAAUAUUGAACGUCAUGAUGCCGAUGAAUUGACUCAAGAAGAGUUUAUCAAAAGGUAUGCCUAUUCUGAACCAGUUAUCAUAUACAAUGUUGAUAACAAGAAAUUUCAAGAAAAAACGAAAAGAGCUGUUAUGCUAGACGAAUGGGGGCAAGCAGAAGUUGUGUUGAAUAGUGCGAACACGUACAGUUAUACUCGUGUACCAAGUACAUUUGCAUCGUAUCUUGAAGACAAAUUAAGGCCACAAAAUCUUGAGACUCUUGGAAAUCAAACAUUGUAUCUUUUUGGUGACAUUGAUCAAACUAUUUGGAAACCACUUCUUGACAUUUACAACAAACCCAGAUGGAUCUUGCCAGGGCAUUUACCCGCUUUAAGCUUUGGAUUAGCGGGUGCAGGUACCGGGGUUCCUUUUCACUUUCACGGACCCGGAUUUGCCGAAAUCAUUCAUGGAAGUAAACGAUGGUUUUUGCAUCCAUAUGAAGAACGACCAGAUUUUAAUCCUGAUCAAACAACUCUACAAUGGUACCUGAAUGAAUACCCAAAACUACCGCGUGAUAAAAAGCCAUUAGAAUGUUUGAUGAAACCAGGCGAGGUAAUCUAUUUUCCCGAUAAAUGGUGGCAUGCAACAUUGAACAGUGAGACAUCAGUCUUCAUCUCAACUUUUCUUAGCCCA